AAAUUCUGCACUCUUCCUUCGACCACUUUGUUUUUAGCUCAAUAACUGUAUCUUUAACAAGACUUCUUGUUCUCCUCCUAAGUGGGAGGAAUUCCUCUUCUAUGCUUGGAGCCUUUGAUGGAGGACCGGAGAGGGAUUGGAGCAAAUUGUGGCCCGUAUGUUAAUAAUCUGCGCGCACAGGUCAAUCUUUCCGGGUGCCACUUGGCAACUGAUAUUGUGUUCAUUCGAGGUUCUCUACUUUUGUGGGUUUGAUUCAAUCAAAUCACCGGCUCAUGUUGUAAUAAACACGUCUUGCUUAAAUGUAUCGCGGAGUUUACAAGCAUUUGUAGCUUCCAGGUACAACUUCGAACGCCUGUCAAUUAGAGGUCGACCGAAACCAAAACACGUUCAUGUAACUACGGAAGUUUCUGAUCGUUGCAUCACAGGCUGUGUCACGGAACAAGGGAAUACUUUCACAUCUCCGUGGCCGUUAACAUGAGUAUGAGUACGGCUGAGAAGGAUCGUGUAAUAAAUGAACUUCCUAAGGUAAGUAGGAUGGUAAAUUUUUAUUCGCAGGUUUUAAACAUGACUAAGUUUAAACGUAUUUGAAAUAUUCUUUCUCAAUGCAGAGGCAUGACAAUAUCUCAGGUUACAGUAGGAACUUAUGGGUAAUCAGGAAGAUUUUUGCUGCUUUUAAGAGUGUUGGAAGCUCUGCAGUGUAGCGUGUUAGGUUGGAAAAAUGUGCAAUUGCCAAAUUAUCGGAGAUGACUGUGCAAAAAUGGGGGGAGGUGGUCGGCUGUAUCAUUGAUAGAGCUACACCGGGUUAUGGGUUUAUGUGUUCAUUGGAAAUUUCGAAUAUAUUGGCGCAUGGCUUUCUCAUUUCUGCUUCUUUUCUAUCAUCCUUGGUAAUUUAAUUACCAGUGCUGCAGUUCAACAAUAGAAAUUUCACUGUUAUCGAUACACGGCUAAGGGCUGAAAAACCUACAUUCGAGGGGAAGCAUCAAUUCUUUUUUUAUCCACCUGACUUUAUUUUUCAUUCCAUAUAACCUGUCAAAUAGUUAGGUGCAGGCUUUAUAGUGUUAUAAGGACUUUAUAGUGUUAUGAGGACUCUAUAGUGUUAUGAGGACUUUAAAGUGUUAUGAGGACCCUAUUGUGUUAUGAGGGUAUGGUAACUCUUCAUGAUUGAGCUGCAUGUGAAACAUCUUGUAUCAAUAUUUUUACAAACUAUAGAUCUAACUAUCUAUAUAGUGAAGGUUUUGCUAGGGUUGUGCUGCAGAAACCUUCAUGCACAGUAAACUGGCAAUAAAUUAUCCUGACAAGAUCUGAAGAAAAGAUGAUGAGAGCAAUUUGUUCUAGAUUAUGGCAGGAGAACCUUUCAGACUGGCCCAUGUAGGAUAUUCAAGCAAUAGUUGAAAUCUUCAAAUCUAUUCAGUAAUUAGUAUAAUUGCUCUGGUGAUUAUUGAGAGUGCAUGCUCUAAUUGUUAGUGUAGAUUGCAUCAUAUCUAUCUAUUAACACCUCACACAAGGUGAUUAUAGCAGAAGCACCAUAUUUCAAAAUGGCUACCUGGAGUUUUUGUCAAUAUUUUGCAGGAAGUGGUAAAUGCAAAAGAAAAAAAAUGCAAUUCUGAAGAGCACCAAAUAUGCUGCUAAGUUUGGCAUAACACUUUUCAAACGAAAGAUAUGAAGUUUUUGCAGAUUGAAUUAAAUGAAUCUGCUAAAUUCUAGGGAAACUGGCUGCUCACAUUAAUAUGAGUUAUCAAAACAAUUUUAGCAAAACAUUUUCAACAAAAAAUAAAUUGACAACAGACUUUGGAAGCACCUGGCAGUUAUGCUUUAAAAAAUCAUUCACCUCAGACUCAGUGAAUAUUGUUGAAUAAUUAUUCACAGUAUUUAUUUCGCCUUUGGCCAAUACUGUUUUACUUAGUAAGGUGAUAACAAUCAAUUCAAUUUGAUUAAUGUCUCAGUUUUUUUUCAUGAGUUUCUUUUUUUUUCCAUAUCCAUAGUUUUAUACAGCUGAUGCAGCCCCAAGACAGGCUUCUAAUUUUCACCUUAAAACCAAGGAUGCAUGUUCUUCAGGAAAUACUGGCAACAUAUCGUAAGCAUUCACAGAUGAGAAAUCAAUGUUGACGCAAAAUCAUCUAACUUAGGUUGAAGCACAAAAUGAUGUAUUAUUUGUAAAUUAUAGAUGAAGUCUGCUGACCCCUUAAUGCUAUUAUGAUAAGUAUCAGUAUAUUAUGUAGCAUCCUUUCCUCCAGAGAAGGAAGAAAUAAGUGAAUAAAUAGAUCACACAAAAGAAAGAACAAGAAAAAAAAGACAAAAUGUUAUGAGUUCUUCCUCAUUCUAGAAGUUCCUAAUAAUGUCCUCUCAUUGUUAGACUUUCAUAAGAGCCGCAAAGUCUGUAAAUAAAGUGGUUAGUCACAGGAAUCUCAUAUCUUGACAGACUUGGCUUUCACUUUGCAACUCUUGAUUUGUAAAGGAAUGAACAUUAAUUGAACAAUCAUGUUCUGAAUAAAAUAAAUGUACAUUAGUUGUGGAUAAGAGCUGAUCUUUAAUCUACAGUGUGUACUUGUGACUCAAGUUUUCAAGGAUUUAUUCAUCCUGUCAAGAAAGUAAUCUAAUAAUUAUUAUGUAAUUAUGGAUACUUUACAUUUUGGGUAAGAGUCUGCUGUCUGCUGACCACUCUAAUUGAUCUAGUAAGUAUGCACAACAAUUACACCUGUAGGAAUAAAGCAUACUCACUUACAAACAACUAAUUAUAGUGCCAUACUUUAAUAGAUCAUAGCCUCUUUUGGUUAUCAUUAAUUAUUUUUUUUGGUUUAUUGUGCUCUUUAUCCCUGAAGUAUUUGGUUUCAUAUUAGUUUGCACAACUGUACAUGAUUGGAAAUAAAAUUUUCUGCUCAAGAUCUACCAUAACUGCCAAUUGGAAAAGGACCACAUUAAAAAUCUAAAUACCACUACAGUACUGAACUUGAAGUAGACUAAUGAAAGCAAAAAUUUUUUCUUUUCGUCUUCAGUUUAAAAGUGGCCAAAUCUAUAGUUGUGGGUGACACUGCUGUUGGGAAAACAUGUCUAGUUAACAGGUGUGUAAAACAUUUAAGUAUUUAUCAUGUGUACAUGAAAGGUUCAUCUAUUCAGGGGUUUAGUCAGUAUUAGAGCUUAGUGGCCCACCCAGCAACAACUUGCCCCACUUGUACCCUGAAGUGACUUGGAGUAUUAUUACCCUCUCCCCCCUUCCUAGAAGGGAUGUUAGUCCAUCACAAGGUUACCCCAGAGCAUUUCAUCAGGCUUCCCCGGCAAUCCACCAGUAGUCAUUUAUACUCCUGGGUGGAGAGAGGCUCUGUGAGAAUUGAGUGUUUUGCCUGCAAGCACAACUCGCUGAUCCAGCCAGGAGUCAAAUCCAGACCUCCUGAUCCAGAGUCCAGCACACUGCAGUUUAGUUUUCCACAUCUUCCUCAAUUUAAAAUUUAAUAUUUUGAGUUGACCUUUAUCAUGACUGGCAUCAACAUGCUAUAGCAACUUUCUACAUCUAGGCUCCACAGUACUGAAUUUGGUAUUUUAUUGCAGAUACUGUCAAAACCUAUAUGACAGAGAUUACAAAGCAACCAUUGGUGUAGACUUUGAAGUGGAGCGAUUUAGGAUUCUUGAUCAAGAGUUCAACAUGCAAAUGUAAGAAAAACAUGUAUGACAUCCCAUCACUUGUAAGAAAAUCACAAAUGCUGAUCAAAGCAAGCUUUUAUUUAAGUUAUCCCUUACUUAAAACAAAGUUUCAUAGCAUUGCAGCUAUGUAGUGUCUAGGAAAGUUGAGAUUCACCUAAAGACAACAUUUAACCCUUUCACUCUGAUGAGUGACCAAGACAGAAUUUCUCCUUACAAUAUUAAUACAAUAUCAAGCAGCUAAGUGAUGAGAAUAAAGAAAAAUAUCAACUUGGGGAUAAUUAGUUGAUCCAAUACUAAAUUCUCUGAACUAACAUUAUAAGAAUUGUAUGGUUGACAGUAAGGAGAAUUACAAAUUUGAUGUGUGAGUUAACCCUUAAGAUCUGAUUGUUAAUUCUCUCCUCUUGCUGCUACAAAAUUCCUUGUAAAUUAGUUAUGAGAAUUUGGUGUGAGAUCAAGAUAAAAACUUCAUCCUGAUAAGUUUUAGUAUUCUCAGUAACUGUUUUCUAGAAAGCAUAUAGAUAUUAUUGGGAGAAGUUACAUGUUAGUCACUUCUGGAAGUUAAAGGGUUAAGUGCAUCAUUGUCCCCUCCUUGUCCACUUUUCAUUCCUUGUUUGGUUUCAAGUGACUUGUAAUGGUCAAAUUAUUGUACCAACAGCACAGCAAGAAUCAGAACAUAUUUAAUUUUGUAAAUAGAAUAAGGAAGAUGGUAGGUACUAGGCUGGGUAAAGAAAUAGAGAAAAAUGUUUUCCUGCCUAAUGUCACAAGCGUGGGACAAAGAAAAAAUUGUGAGUUCCCAUGAGGCAUUGAACCUCAGACCUUAGAAUUCUGCUUUCUGAUGCUCUACCACUGAGCCAUAGAGACUUUAUGUUGAGCAAGGCCAUUACAAAGUUCACAGAAGAUAUGUGUCCUGCUUAUUACUAGGAUCAGCAAUGUCAAUGGCAUCGUGUUCUGUAAAUAGAAUACGAAAAUUGCAGUGUGUCAUAUAUGAACUUCAUAUUGGGCCUUUCUCACCUCAGAGUCUCAGUGGCUCUGUGGUAGAGUAUCGGGGUGCGGAAUCUGAAGUUCUAAAGUUCAAUUCCUCAUAGGGAGUCAGAAUUUUUUCCUUGUCCCAUGCUUGUGACAAGAUGAAGAACAUCUUUCCCUUUUUCUAUAUUUAAUUUUGUAUAAUAGAUAUUUUACUUUUAAAUGAUGUCUAGUUGGGAUACAGCUGGCCAAGAGAGAUUCAAAUGUAUGGCUCAGUCCUACUACAGGGGAGCACAUGGUAAGUUUUUAAUGACCUCCUACCUGAAGCAUGAAUUAUUUUGUAAAACCCAACUUGAUUUGAUGUGAGCAAAAUUACAUCUGUACACCAUAUCAAUAAUAGAGACUUACCUUAGAUGAUCAUUGACACCUUUAGUCCAUAGACAAUUUUCAUGUAUGUCAGUUUAUCAGCAUGUUUGUUUGUAUUUUUGUUUGCUGCACACACUGUAGAUGGAUGGUGACAAUUAUAUUAUUUUGUCUUAUUUCUGCAGUGAUCAUCUUAGUGUUUGACCUCACAAGCAUCAAGACUCUUAACAAUACAAAGUGAGCUAGCCCUUUUUACAUUAUUGGUUGAUUAUCAUUAUCACUGGCAUUUUUAUUAAUAAGAAUAAUAAAUAUUAUUUUUAUUAAUAAAAAUAACUAUUAUUUUUAUUAAUAAUAAUAAAUAUUAUUUUAUUAAUAAUAAUAAAUAUUAUUAUUAUUAUUGUUAUUAUUAUUAUCAUUAGUACUAUUAUUAUUAUUAACCCUUGAAACCCUAGGAGUGACUGGCACCUUAGUUCUCCAUACUACAUGUAUAUCACCCCUGAAUAACAGAUAACAGUCGCAAGAUCAAAGGAAAUGAUCACUAACUAAAGAAGUUAUUGAUUGUUAAACAAAUUCUCCUCAUCAGCACCCAAGGAAAUAUAUAGAGGACAGUAUGGAGAAUAUGCAUUCUGAUGUUUGGAUGUAAAGGGUUAAAACCACCUGUAUGAAGUAAUAAUGUAACUGAAAACAUUCCACUUAGUGAAGCAUCUUUCACUGCAACUUGAAGAAGAAUUUCAUGUUUACUAAAUUAAAUAUAAUAAUUGUAUAGUAUUAGAUCAAUUUAUGCAAUUUUGUAGACCUUGAAAUUUACUUUUUUAUGUUAAGCAAUGUUCAGUGGCUUUUCAUUAAUAUUGAACAACCUGAACUGUAGGCCUCCCAUGACUGUGUUGGAUAAAAGUGUUCUAUUCUUUUCUGCUGAAUUAGACAAUGGCUGGAGGAAGCUUUAGAACAAAACACAACUACUUGUCCAGAAAUUUUCCUUGUAGGAUCCAAAAAGGACCUCUGUGUGAGUAUAGGGUUUUUUUUUUAUCAUGUUGUCGUCGUUAUUAGUUGCCUGUUGACAGCUUGAAAUGGUAUUACGUGUACUUUCACAUUUGAGGCAUUUUGAAAAACUGAAAGCACACAUGAGUGGCAGUUUGAAAAUAUACUAUUACUGAUUACUUUUGAGAUGAGAUUAAUAAGUCCACACGGCGUACAUAAUACAUUGCACUUAUGCUUGGAACCGGAGUAGAAAAAUUACCCUAUUGAUUAUUAUCUUGAAGAUGUUAAGAUGCCCUAAUUUCCACAGCCAAUCAAAUUUAAUACUGGUUCUGAUAUUUGAUUUCAAUGGCAGUAUCAACAGUAAGUCGAUAAUCAGUUUUACGUUGUCAAUGUAAAUACUUUCACAUUAAGAAAAAAAUUCCCUAGAAUAUUUCACUGAUUGAAAAAAGACGUUUAGAUCUUAGCUAUUCGGCUAUAAGGAAAGAAACACCGAUACGAAAGAAUACCGUUAAGUGUUGUAAUAAAUUGUCUUCUUGUGCAGAAAAGCAAUGAAUUUUCACAAAUGGAGAUGAGUGCUUUGAAAGUUGCAGAAGAAAUUAACGCAGAAUACUGGAGUGUAUCAUCUAAAUCAGGUAAACCUUCACUGGAAAAUUUAGUUGUGAGACUUCAUGCAGAGUAAUAACCAUUUCGCGGAAACGUAACAAGGUAGUUCAGUCUCUUGGUCGCAAAAAAACAGCACAGCGAUAUCAGAAGUGAUGAAAUUUUGUCUGGGGAAGCAUACAUGAAUGUCCCUGUCAGCUUGAUUUUCCUUGUUCCCGCUAAUUUCCGUCUCCUAACAUCUUUCUUUAACCCUUUACUUCCUAACGUCAGGAUGCAUAAUCUCCAUACUGUUCACCAUGCGUUGCUUAAGGUGUUGACAAGGAGAAUUUAUUCAACAAUCAGGAGACUCUUAAGUGUUUUAUCAUUUUCUUAACUCUCGUAUCUUAAAUGUGUGAUCCAGGAGUGAUACUGUAAGAAGAAUUUGGAUUCUAGUCACUCUUAGGGGUUAAAGGGUUAAGAGGUAGAAAGAGGUUUUUCUUCGUUUAGUUUUCCUUCUUCACCAGAGAUUUUUUAAGUACCAAACAAAAUGAGGAACUGAUUUGGGCUUGCUUAUGACUUAAGCGAACAGAUCACUCAUUACAGGGUUAGUGGUAAGAUGUCAUGACUUCAUCGCAAGUCACCACAAAAAUUAAACCGCCCAUUUAGUUGACCAUCGUGUUUCGAUUGUACUCAGGAGAGAACGUCAAAGGCCUUUUCCGUCGACUAGCAGCCAUAACGUUUGAGCAAGCAAUUCUACGUGAGCUAGAGACUCAGGGAAAAAGAGUUGGAGUGCAACAGAUAGGAAGUGGGGGUGGCCUGGGUAAGUACUCCUAAGACCUUGCCUUUUUCUUAGUUCAUAAGAAAAAGGCAAGUUCGCGCGUACACUUGCCAACUCACACUAGUAUGUUAUGUUAAGUAAAUUAUCAGAAACAGAAUUUGUAUUAUCCCUUCUGACAUAUUAAAUAAGUCGUGACAGCCUACUACGAAAUUACCAUAGAAGAUAAACUUAUCCAUUGUAGGAGAAAGUUAUGUUUGAUGUUUUACAAACAGAGCUGAGUUUUCAAAAGACUGGUUAGUGUCAUCGAAGAGGCUUUGGCAGAUCAGUAAUUGUGUGUCCUUAAACUUCUGACUGAAAUAGUCAUCUGAAAUCCGAAAAGAUCAUCUCGUUUAGCUCUUUACACCUUAGCAUUAGUCUUUAUUUUGUCCACACUGUUCUCUUUACAAUUCCUGUAGUGCUGAUAAGGGGAAAUUUUUGUGUCAACGAGGAGCGCCUUAAAUUGGUGAUCAUUUCCUUUAGUCUCAAAACCUUUACAUUUAAUUCAAGUGUGAUUUUGUGAGGAGAAAUUAGAAGUCAGUCACACUCGGGGUCCACAGGGUUAAGGGUUUUGUGCUAGGCUGAAUUAUGCACGCGAUUUGAUUGGUUCUUACUUGGGAUCUAUUUGAGGACGGACGUAUAAAUGACGUUGCCAUUAACAACCUUUUGCUUUUUAAAACAAACAGAUUCCAUGUCCCCGCGGGUCUUUAUAGUAACAGAGCACAGAAGGCGUCAAGAUGGGUUAAGAACAUCAGUGAUACAUUUUUGUUCUUACCACAUUUGGGCGGUAGCUGUGAUCUAUUACUUAACAGACGCACGGCAACAUGGAAUUUUUUUUUAAUUAGAUAUCUGAAAACCACGAGAAACACACACACAAAAAUUAGACAGAGGUACAGCGCAUUGAGUAAUAAUUGAAGUAUUCCAAGUAUUUUUAACUUUUAUGCUUUGAAAAUAUUUUAAAAUCAGCUGUUGUAUAUGCGUCGGGUGUUCCUCGACUGACUCAAGUGAAUUGGAAAGUAGAAUGCUCUAUUAACUUUGGUGAUGCAAAUGUUUUAUUCCAAAUUUAAUUUCAGUGCUGGAAAAGAGGAGAAAAGAAGAUGACGAAAAAGAUAGGCGUCGAAAACCAAAGUGUUGCUCCGGGGGUCGUGGCCUAUAG